UCCUCUACGCCGGUGGAAAAUUGCUUCCCCUCAAGCCAAACGGCCAAUAACCGUGAAAACGUUCUGCACAAGUUUUGGUCAAAAUGUUCCACACUAGCACUCAGAGAAAGCACUGGAUAUUCAUAAAUCAAGAAGAAGUACAAAAGCUGCGUGAAAAUGUAAACAGCGCGUACAAAUCUCGCCAUAGCGAUGCCUAUCCUGACAAGAAAAACGUAAAAUACCUGACAGUUGAAGAAGAAAAGAAACUGGUGGAAUACUAUGAGCUGGUCAUCGUGGAAGUAUCAGCUAAAUUCCAGCCGCCAGUUCCUCGUUCAGUUACCGCUACCGCUAUUACAUACCUAAAGAGAUUCUAUGUGAAGACAUCAGUCAUGGAUCACCCGCCGAAAGAAAUGUUUCUCGUUUGCUUGUUCAUGGCGUGCAAGGUUGAAGAGUACAACAUUUCAGUUGAAAACUUUGUGCAAAUUUUGCCGAGAGAUCGUCGAGAGAAAGUAAUGGAUUUUAUUUUAGCACAUGAGUUGUUGUUGAUGGAGCGUUUGGAUUUUCAUUUGACAAUCCAUCACCCUUUCCGUCCUAUGGAGGGGUUUUUGAUUGACAUUAAGAUGUAUUUAUCAGAGGGUAAGGUUAAUCCUGAGAGUUGGCGCAUUAAGGCAGAGGAGUUUUUACUACGUGCCAUGCGCACAGAUGUAGCAUUUCACUUUUCCCCAUCACAGAUCGCGCUAGCUGCGCUCUCAGUUGGGAGUACUGGUGGUGAAUUACAGAAGUAUGUAAACGAGAAGUUUGGAGUAACUGACAAGGGGACUGCUCUCAUGGAUACCAUUAACUCAAUUGUUAACAUGGUUACAAGUCACAUUGUUACAGUUACUAAAGACCAGGUUAAAGCAUUGGAAAGUAAACUUAAGACCUGCCGUAAUCCAGAAAACAAUCCUGAUAGUAAGAUGUUCAAGCGGAGAACAUCAGGGAAUGAUGAAAACCAAGUGGAACAGAUGGAAAUAGAGAGUCCAUAAUAUCCUUUCUGAUAUAGGGACAGUAUUGGGUGAACCAAGGUCUCUGUGAUCUAUCACAGAGCUAUCUUUCAAGAUCUCUCUCUAUUUGUUAAAUCAUUACUGUUUAUUGUUGCUUUGUACAAAUGUUUAGAGUAAGAUUAUUGAGCUAUCUACAUACAUACAUAAAUAAAAUGACUUCUGAAAAGCCA